CCUCCCCCUCCUCCUCCCCCUCCUCCUCCCUGGGCGGCGGUGCGACGGCCGCCCAUGGGCGACGAGGAUGCGGUGCUCGCCGCCCUCCUCGUCGACCUGCCCGAGGACACCGACAUUGCCGUUGCCCGGGCCGCCUUGGCAGCCAACGACUGGGACGUAGAGGCCACUCGGCUCGCGUUCUCCGGCAGCACCCGCGCCUACGGCGAGCACCUCGGAGACCGCGGCGGGGAUCGCCACCGCGCGCUCGCGCGCGGCGGCUACGCAGCCGGACAGGCCGAUCCCGAACCCGUGGAACAGGACGAGUUCGAGCUGGCCGUGAGGGCCUCCCUCGCGGCGGCAGAGGAG